UAUCCUUUUACACGACGCUCUGGUUUCUUCUACUCGAAUCCCUCGUUUGCUCUUUCGCCACCACUGCUUUUUGUUGUCUCGAUUGAUCGAAGACGAUGGCUGCUAGGGUUUUGUCUCGGAUGGCAAGUAGGAGAAUUGCCAACUGCUUGCUAUCAGCCUCUUCUUCUCGUCAGCUUCCGGUCGGCAACGGCUUCCAAUCCUUUGAGCAGCCCGCUUUUGCGAGCACUUUGAUCAGAUGCUCCACUUCCCACAUGCACCAGUCAUUAAGACAUCCAUCUUUACUAUCUGCUAUUUCUCAACGUUUUGUGUUUACAUCUUCCUCGUCACCUGAGCCUGAAAAGGAGGCAAACCAAUCUGAUGUAAGUAACACUGAGUCUGACAACAAAAGUGGUGACGCUACUAGUUCCGAGAAGUCACAUGAAGCUGAUGUUAAUUUGGAAUCUAAAGGCUCCAACUCUCAGUCUGAUAAAAGAAAGACUACAAAAAGAACUGAAUUUUCUGAUUCAGAGGAAGAGAAAGACCUAUCGUUUGAUGAUCUAGUCAAUCUUGUAGCAGAGAAGGAAGAAUUACUGAAAUUGAAACAAAAGGAGAUUGAAAAAAUGCAAGAUAAAGUUCUUCGUAGUUAUGCUGAAAUGGAAAAUGUUAUUGACAGGACAAAGCGUGAGGCAGAAAACUCAAAAAAGUUCGCAAUACAGAGUUUUGCUAAGGGCCUACUAGAUGUUGCUGACAAUCUUGAAAGAGCUUCAUCUGUUGGCAAGGAUAGCUUCUCGAAGAUAGAUGAAUCCAAAGAUUCCAUUGGAGCUGUACCACUCAUAAAGACCUUGCUCGAGGGUGUUGAAAUGACGAAUAAACAACUUGCAGAGGUGUUCAGGAAAUAUGGAGUGGAGAAGUUUAAUCCUUUGAACGAACAGUUUGAUCCACACAGGCAUCUUGCAGUUUUCCAGUUACCAGAUUCUUCCAAACAACCUGGCACAGUUGCUGUGGUUGUGAAGUCUGGCUAUAUGCUACAUGAUCGAGUUAUUCGUCCAGCCGAAGUUGGUGUAACUCAAGCUGCUGAGAAGACGGACUAAAAUUCUGGCGAAUGAGAAGCAAGUGUUUUGUUGUGUUCAAUGUUAGUCUGGAAGCUUGAAUGCCUACAAGCAAUGAGAAUGUAUUAGUUGAUCUUUAUCGACCUCAGAUCAUUUUUGCCUGACCUCAAAAUUAGUUCUUGGUUGUUAUUUGUUUUGGGUAAAACUGAACUGGAAUGACUUCAAGCGGCCAUCAGGCUUAGUUAUAGUUUCAAUUCAUUUAUAAAUGAGGUUGAUAUUUCACUCUUAA